AUGCUCCUGCUGACCACCCCGUCCCACACGAGCCUCGAAACACUGGCGCACGGCCUCACCGUGCCGUCGCCCAUCAACUGCCACAAAGAGCUUUUGCACGCCAUCCACUACACCUACGCCCUCCUUGCUGCUCUCCGCCAAUCUAACGCCCACACCCUUGACAUGACAACCAAGCUACCGCACUGUGCAAGGUGCGCCCAACAACUCCCUCGUUGCCAUCCACACUUCAAAGCUCCUUCCACCACCAGUGCAGCUUCUGCUGCCACAUCCCUGAUGCUGAAAACACCAAGCAUUGCCGCAGCCACCCACCGCAGCCUCCAUGCUGCCGAGCCACCACACAGCCCCCAUGCCACUGUGCAUCCACGCGCAAACGCCACCAAUGCAACACCAGCGUGCUUAGUAGCACCGCGGACGCGCAACAACAGGCGCCACAACGGCCAACCAUGCAGGCCGCCACGCCACCUUGGUCACCAACUUGCCGCUCUCCUCAGCAAUAUCCUCAAGCAGUCGAUGCUGCAGUGCUACGCCAACGCACGAGCCUCCUUCGAAGCUCCUGACACCCCUCACUGCCGCCCUGUCGCCGCCGGCCUCGCCAUGCCGCUACCUUCGCAGGGGCCCAACCGGCCGGAUCCGAACGCCGGCCCACCAGAUUCGCCCUCCCCCGGUGUAGAUCCGGGUCGUCGCGAGCCGCUGCCGCCCACACGCAGAUCGCCACCACCGCGCCGGACGAAGCUCCGUCACCACUGCACGCCGAACCGAACACCGCGGCACCACCCAAAGCGCGCCCACACGCCGCCCCCUCCGAGUUGA